CAUUGCAUUGUGGGAGUUGUAUGAUUGACACCGGCGCCAUUUUGCUCCUGCUUGCUCUGCCUCCAUUGUGUGAGAGACAGAUAGUAAAUAUCGGACAUAGCCGCAGAACCACAACACACCGAAACGCUGCGAAGCUAAAGUUGAAAACUCGGCGCGGGUGAUAAUUUGUCCUGAUGGCUCGUACCAAGCAGACGGCUCGUAAGUCCACUGGAGGAAAAGCUCCUCGUAAGCAGCUGGCCACCAAGGCUGCCCGCAAGAGCGCGCCCUCCACCGGUGGAGUCAAGAAGCCGCAUCGCUACAGGCCCGGUACCGUGGCUCUCAGGGAGAUCCGUCGGUACCAGAAAUCCACUGAGCUGCUGAUCCGUAAGCUGCCCUUCCAGCGCCUGGUGAGGGAGAUCGCUCAGGACUUCAAGACCGACCUGCGUUUCCAGAGCGCCGCCAUCGGAGCGCUGCAGGAGGCCAGCGAGGCCUACCUGGUGGGGCUGUUCGAGGACACCAACCUGUGCGCCAUCCACGCCAAGCGCGUCACCAUCAUGCCCAAAGACAUCCAGCUGGCACGCCGCAUCCGCGGAGAGCGAGCUUAGACGCCUCCUGAUGCUUCUUGUCCUGUUUUUGCCCCCCCCACCCCCCA